CAGCAACAAUGACUCACAAAGCCAGUCCUUGCCAGGCACAGGCCGCCUCCUCUGGACCCUGGAAGGCCCAGGUCACAAAGGCCAUUUAGGGCCAAGCCCUGAAGAGGCAUGUCCCGAGACAGCUCUGCGCGGCUCUCACCCCUGCAGCCGCCCGCGGGGCCGGGCCUGGGCCUCGAGCCGCGACCCCAGCCUGGCGACUGGGCGUUACGGCUCGCGCGGGGCGCCCCGUAGCCUCGACGCCCAUGUGUGUCGUCUGCUUCGUGAAGGCGCUGGUGCACGUGUUCAAGAUCUACCUGACCGCCCACUACACCUACAACUUCCGCAGCUGGCCCGUGGACUUCCGCUGGGAUGACGUGCGCGCCGCCGGCGGGGGAGGCAGCGGUCACCGCGCGCUGACGUGCGCCGCGGCCGCGGCGGGCGUGUGGCUGCUGCGGGGCGCGGCUCUGGGCGGGGACGCGCCAGGGCGACCGCUGCGCGGGGCGCGCAGUCAGACGCAGUGCCUCCUGCAGCAGAUCCGCGAGCUGCCGGGCCAGCUCGCCAGCUACGCGCUGGCCCACUCGCUGGGCCGCUGGCUCGUGUACCCGGGCUCCAUGUUCCUGAUGACUCGCGCGCUGCUGCCGCUGCUGCAGCAGGGCCAAGAGCGCCUCGUGGAGCGCUACCGCGGCCGGCGCGCCAAGCUGGUGGCCUGUGAUGGCAAUGAGAUCGACACCAUGUUCAUGGAUCGCCGCCAGCACCCGGGCAGCCACGGCCGCGGCCUGCGCCUCGUCAUCUGCUGCGAAGGCAACGCCGGCUUCUACGAGAUGGGCUGCCUGUCGGCGCCCCUGGAGGCUGGCUACUCGGUGCUGGGCUGGAACCACCCGGGCUUCGGGGGCAGCACGGGCGCGCCGUUCCCGCAGCAUGACGCCAACGCGGUGGACGUGGUGGUCAAGUACGCGCUGCACCGCCUUCACUUCCCGCCCGCGCACGUGGUGGUCUACGGCUGGUCCAUCGGGGGCUUCACGGCCACCUGGGCCACCAUGACAUACCCGGAGCUCGGUGCGCUGGUGCUCGACGCCACCUUCGACGACCUCGUGCCGCUGGCCCUGAAGGUCAUGCCCCACAGCUGGAAGGGCCUCGUGGUGCGCACCGUGCGCGAGCACUUCAACCUCAACGUGGCGGAGCAGCUGUGCCGCUACCCGGGGCCGGUGCUGCUGCUGCGGCGCACGCAGGACGACGUGGUCAGCACCUCGGGCCACCUGCGCCCCCUGCCGUCCGGCGACGUGGAGGGCAACCGCGGCAACGAGCUGCUCCUGCGUCUGCUGCAGCACCGCUACCCGGUGGUGAUGGCGCGGGAGGGCGUCGCGGUCGUCACGCGCUGGCUCCGCGCGGGCAGCCGGGCGCAGGAGGCCGCCUUGUAUGCGCGCUACCGCGUGGACGACGAGUGGUGCCUGGCCCUGCUGCGCUCCUACCGCGCGCGCCGCGAGGACGAGCGGGAGGACGGGCAGGCCUGGGGCCCGCACGGGCCCUCCUUCCCCUGGCUGGUGGGCCGGGGCCUGAGCCCGCGGCGGCGCCGGCAGCUCGCGCUGUUCCUGGCUCGCAAACACCUCAGGAAUGUGGAGGCCACUCACUGCAGUCCGCUGGAGCCCGAGGACUUCCAGCUGCCCUGGAGGUUGUAGCCCUCGCCCCUGCAGCUG